AGUGAGUGAGUGUGCGAGCUUCUUGUUGGAAGGUGGAAGGAGGAGAGGCGGUCAAUCUAAACCCGAUAACGAGCCAGCUGGUGGCAGUGCCGUUGUAGAAGGUUUUGCGGGAAGGUACUUUUCGCAGAAGAUUCCUCUCUCCUUUUUAUCCGUUUUCUUCGUACAGUGUGUGCGUGUGUGCGUGUGUGUGUGGAUGGGUGGGUGAAUGAGUGCGGCUUGUAUAGUUGUGUAUUUUUUGUUUGUAUGGUGACAGUGAGUUGCGUGAGAGCGACAUACGUCGAGAAUAUAAGAGAGAGGAAGGUGUAUCAGGUGAAUCGGGAGAAUCUUUACAGUGCGCCUUUCAUUUUCUCUUCGUAUUUUAAGGGUGAGAGAGACGAGUUGACGGAUCGAAGAAGCAAGAGAGAGAGAGAGGCGCAAAAAAGAAAGAAAAAAAGUAAAUAAAUAGAAACGAAAAGCAUGCCGUGAUCAGAAGAGAAGGUCGCUAUGUAUCCGGGAAGAGAAGGUCGGCGGUUCACGUAGAGCACGCGCGACGAUUCCAACCGAAGACGAAGACGAAGACGAGACGCAGAGUCGACAAGUAAUAGAAGAGGAAGAAGAACGACAACGACGACGACGACGCUGACGACGACGACGACGACGACGACGACGCUGACGACGACAAAGACGACGACGAAGAUAACAACGAGAAGAUUUACCUAAACCGAUCUCGCCAUGACUUUAAGACAGCUUUACGUGAAGGGCGGCAAAGUAUGGAUACCACAUCCCGAAAAGAUUUGGGAGGGUGCUGUCCUCUUAGAGGAUUACAAAGUAAAUCGGCCAACAUUAAAGGUACACACAGACGACUCGAAUCAAACGAAGACAUUACAGAUAGGAAGCGAUCAUGAUCUACCCCCAUUAAGGAAUCCGGAUAUUUUGAUGGGAGAAAAUAAUCUUACAUCUUUGUCGUUCCUUCACGAACCAGCUGUUCUCUAUAAUCUACAAAUACGUUUUCAAAGGCAUUGCAUUUACACGUAUUGCGGUAUCGUUUUAGUCGCUUUUAAUCCUUACAAUGAAUUGCCCAUAUAUGGAAAUGAUACGAUAUGGGCAUACAGAGGUCAAGCUAUGGGAGAUUUGGAACCUCACAUAUUCGCUGUGGCUGAGGAGGCUUAUACGAAAUUGGAAAGGGAAGGACAUGAUCAGUCCAUCAUCGUGUCCGGUGAAUCAGGUGCAGGUAAAACUGUGUCGGCAAAGUACACCAUGCGAUAUUUCGCUACCGUUGGCGGUUCCACGACGGAGACACAAAUCGAGAAGAAAGUAUUAGCCUCGUCACCAAUCAUGGAAGCGAUCGGCAAUGCGAAAACAACGAGGAACGAUAAUUCCUCGAGAUUUGGAAAAUUUAUUGAAAUACAAUUUAAUAAAACAUAUAAUAUCACUGGUGCCAGUAUGAGAACUUAUCUUUUGGAGAAGUCAAGAGUCGUCUUUCAGGCAAACGAAGAGAGGAAUUAUCAUGUGUUUUAUCAAAUGUGCUCGGCAGCGAAGCGUCUUCCACACUUACAUCUUGGAAACUCAAACGGGUUUCAUUACCUCAAUCAAGGAAACAAUCCUAGAAUCGAAGGAGUCGACGAUCUCUCGUGUUUCGACGAUACAAUUAGUGCUCUUACGAUGCUCGGUUUUACUUCUAAACAGCAAGACGAUAUGUUACGAAUAUUAUCAGCCAUAUUGCAUUUAGGAAACGUAAAUAUAAAUAGUUUUGAUGCACAGAGCAAUAAUGGAGAUAACGACACCGAAGCUAGUUUUAUUUCUCCAACCGAUAGACAUCUUUUGAUAAUCUCGGAAUUACUUGGUACGGACGUUAACGCUAUGCGUAAAUGGCUUUGCCAUAGGAAGAUCGUAUCUAUGAGGGAAGUCUUUUUAAAACCAAUGAAUGCGGAGCAAGCGAUAGGAGCUAGAGAUGCUUUGGCAAAGCAUAUUUAUGCCGAGCUAUUCAAUUGGAUAGUGAAUGGUAUCAAUAGUUCCCUCCAGUCUCAAAACAAAGCUCAAUGUUUCAUUGGUGUGCUAGACAUUUAUGGAUUCGAAACAUUUGAGAUAAAUUCAUUUGAACAGUUUUGUAUAAAUUACGCGAAUGAAAAGUUACAACAACAAUUCAAUCAGCAUGUAUUUAAACUUGAACAAGAAGAAUAUCUCAAGGAGGAGAUCGAAUGGACUUUCAUAGACUUUUAUGACAAUCAGCCGUGUAUCGAUCUAAUAGAAACGAGAUUGGGCAUAUUGGAUUUGCUAGACGAAGAAUGUCGGAUGCCAAAAGGAACGGAUAGCUCGUGGGCAGAUAAACUCUAUGCAAAAUGUAACAAGUCGAAACAUUUCGAAAAGCCAAGAUUUGGUACUUCCGCUUUCUUGAUUCAUCAUUUUGCUGGCUUAGUUCAGUACGAAACAUUAGGUUUUCUCGAAAAGAACAGAGACACAGUGAUAGAGGAACAAGUAGACGUGUUAAGGGCUGGUAGUUGUAAAUUAUUGAAGAAGUUGUUUUGUGAGGAGGAUCCAAAAUUGGUUGUACCUAACGUAAGAGUCAAAGUGUCCGCACAAAAACCAGUAAUAACUCCCAAGCAUAAUAAGAAAACGGUUGGCUCGCAAUUUCGAGAUUCUUUAAAUAUGUUAAUGUCGACGUUAAAUGCAACGACUCCUCAUUACGUUCGUUGUAUCAAGCCAAACGAUACAAAGGAAUCAUUCGAAUAUAAUCCUGUACGUGCCGUACAACAGUUAAGAGCCUGCGGUGUGCUCGAAACGAUUAGGAUUUCUGCUGCUGGUUUCCCGAGUCAGAGAACAUAUUCCGAAUUCUUUCAAAGAUACAGAUGUCUUUGUGUGUUCAAAGAAAUAAAUCGCGAUGAUCUCAAAGAGACAUGUUGUCGUAUAUUGUCUAGGUUUAUCAAGGAAGAGGAUAAAUUCAAGUUCGGGAAAACAAAAGUUUUGUUUCGUGCUGGACAAGUGGCUUAUCUUGAAAAGCUUAGAGCAGAAAAACAAAUGAAUGCUUGUAUAAUGAUUCAAAAAACUGUUCGAGGUUUAAUAUGUCGAAACAGGUAUGAAAAAAUUAGAAGGGCGAUUUUAGGUCUUCAAAAAUAUGGAAGAGGAUUUUUGGCAAGGCAAAAGGCUGAAAGGAUUAGACGUAAAAGAGCUGCCAUUAAAAUUCAAGCUAAUGUUAGAAGUUGGCUACAGAGACGACGGUAUCAGCAAAUUAGAUGCACAAUUAUUGGUAUUCAGAUAUAUGCCAGAGGUAAAAUGGCGAGAGAAAGGUAUCGUUUGAUGAAGGAAAAUGCAGCUGUAACGACUAUUCAACGAUACAUAAGAGGAUAUCUAGUCAGAAGGGCAUGUGAAAAGAAAUUAAGGGAUAUCGUUAUAGUUCAGUCCUGUGUAAGAAGAUAUUUGGCCAAAAAAGUGUUUAAAAGAUUGAAGGCUGAAGCUAGAAGCGUAGAACACGUAAAGUCUCUUAACAAGGGUCUAGAGAAAAAGAUUAUCACUUUGCAACAGAAAAUAAAUGAACUCGCAAAAGAAAAUCAACACUUGAAGAAUGUACAUAAUGAAGUAUUUGACUUAAAAAAUAAAUUGGAAGGACUUAAAUCUGUAGAAGUCGAGAACAAAAAGUUAAAUGUUAUUUUAUUGGAAAAAGAAAAAGAACUGGAAAAAAUGCAAAACGUACUAAGGCAAGAGAGAGAUGAAAAAAUGGAUAUUUUGCAGGAUAAAGAGAAAAUCAGUCAGGAGAAAGGACAGGAGAACAAGAAACUCCUUGAGGAAAAUGAAAAAUUGCGAAAAGAACUUUCUGUGGCAAAUGAUAAGUUGAAGAGUAAUUUACGUGGUGCCGAAGAAAAUCUUAAACAUCGUUUGGAACAGGAGAAGGAUCUGCUUUUGUUGGAUCAGGAUCAGGAUCGUGGUGCUUAUCAGAAAUUGUUGAAAGAAUUCCACGAAUUGGAGCAACAUGCCGAGAUGUUGGAACAAAAACUUGCUCUCCACGUACCAGGACAUUCUCGUUCUUUGAGUAAUGCCUCUAGUAACAGCGGACAAGUAGUUUCAACGGAAUUACCGCAGGAUGAUCAAAACAUUGAUUUCGGUUAUGGAUCCGUUCGUUCAACAACAUCGUCGUCAACGCCAUAUUCACGCGUAGAAACGACCGAUUGGAAUCAAUUACGUUCAAAUACCCCACCUGAUGGUGAAGUACAAUCAAAUAAAUCACCUUCGGAAACGGCAAAUGAACGAACCCAUGCACCCGUGGAUAUUAAUUUGGUAUUGAAACUUCAACAAAAACUGAAGGACGUUGAAAAGGAGAAUGGACGAUUAAUUAGAAUGGUAGAAGAUUUAGAACGUGACAGUCCCGAAGAAGCAUCGCGAACGCAAGAUACUUUCAGGCUUCAAGAAUUAGAAAUGGAAAAUGCACAGCUUAAAAAGGAUUUGGGUUCAUUAAGGAAAAUUGUAUCGAAUGCAGACUCAACAGCUGCACAGCAGCAUCUUAUAGGACAAUUUGAAGCUCUUCAGGAAGAAUUGGAAAGGAGAAGAGAAGAAUGCAUACAGUUGCAUAGUGUGUUGGCCGAUCAUACUCGAAGAAUGAAGAGCCUUGGUUCAAACUAUGGUCGAGAUGUUGACAUUGUUAACGAAGAUGGUGAAUUAGUCCUUGCCUUCGAAGCACAGAAGAAGAUAAAUAGGCAACUAGAAGAUGAAUUGCAAGCAAAAGAAAAAGGUUGGAGGACUCAAAGGGAUGAAUGGAGAGCAGAGAUCGACAGAUUACAGGAAGAAAUCGAAAAGCAACAGAAAUUAUUAUCCGUCAAUCUAAGUAAAUCGCCCCAAACACAAACCGAAGCUUACAUGCAAUAUGAAAUUACAAGAUUGACCUCUGAAAAUUUGGAUCUACAAGAGAAAUACGAUAAGAUAGCAGAAGAAUGCAGAAAGUUUAAGAAACAAUGUAAAAUUCUUGCGAAACGUCUCAAAGAUGCAGGCUACGAAGGAAAUGAUAUUAAGGAACAUAAGGAUCGUCCUUAUGUGCUAAAAAACACUGUACCAGACAGUAUAGAAUCUGCUAAUGACCCCAGUACUGUCACAACGACCAGUCAUUCGUCCAGCGACAACGGAAGCAUUAUGCCAGCCAUUCGCAAGAAAGAAAGAGAUUACGAAGGAAUGUUUGAAUUUAGAAAAGAAGAUAUUGGUGUGGUAAUAAGGCAUUUAGUUAUUGAUUUAAAACCAAGAAUAGCAGUGACUUUAUUACCUGGGCUCCCAGCAUAUAUAAUAUUUAUGUGUAUAAGACACACCGAUUGCAUCAACGAUGACGAUAAAGUUCGAUCGUUGUUAACCGCGUAUUUGAACGGUGUUAAACGCAUUGUUAAGAAACGAGAAGAUUUUGAAUACAGCGUAUUAUGGCUAAGCAAUACAUUACGAUUAUUACAUAAUAUGAAGCAGUAUUCUGGCGACAAACCUUUCCAAUUGGAAAAUACAAUUAGACAAAAUGAUCAGUGCUUACGGAAUUUCGAUUUAAGCGAAUAUCGAAUUGUCUUGAGCAAUGUUAGUCUAUGGAUUUUUAAUAAUAUCGUGACGACUUUGAAGGAGCGAAUUCAAGCUUUUACGGUACCGGCGCUUUUGGAGCACGAGGCGAUCUCCGGCUUGAAUUCCAACAAGCCAGGUCGACCCCGUUCGUCGUCCAUGGGCGAGGAGCCGGAUUCUACCCAGCAAAAGCUUGACAAGCUCCUAGACGAACUCAGUUCAGUGCACAAAACUCUUCUUUAUCAUGGUGUUGAUCCCGAAAUUAUUAUGCAAUUAUUUAAACAACUCUUCUAUUUUAUGUGCGCAAGUGCGUUAAAUAAUUUAUUACUGAGAAAUGAGCUUUGUCAUUGGACCAAAGGAAUGCAAAUAAGGUACAAUUUGAGUCACUUGGAACAGUGGGGUAGGGAUAAACGAGUAGGAGCUGCUGCUGAAGCACUUCAACCUAUCAUCCAAGCGGCACAACUUCUUCAGGCACGAAAAACAGAUGAUGAUGUGAAUUCCGUUUGCGAGAUGUGCAAUAAACUUACGGCCAAUCAAAUAGUGAAAAUAUUAAAUCUAUAUACACCGGCAGAUGACUUCGAGACACGAGUACCGGUAUCUUUUAUAAAGAAAAUAGAGGCCAAAUUGGCCAAACGUGGUGAGAACAACGAACAGCUUUUAAUGGACUUAAAGUAUACCUAUCCAAUAAGAUUUCCAUUCAAUCCGUCGAACAUUCGGUUGGAGGACAUCGAAGUUCCAGAGGUGCUUCAUCUACCAAUGCUCAAGAAGAUCUAAUUAUUGGCAAUAUAAUUCUAGAGAGUGGUUUCCACUUACUGCUCUUCUGGCUUUUAGUUGAUUAUCGUUGUACAAGAAGCUACAUUCGCUAUUAUUUUAUUUAUUAAAACAAUCUAGUGAUCCCGAUACUCUAGUUACGUUAUAGAACGCAUGGAAUGAGUUAUCGAUAUAACAUUUUAUAAUAUAUACAUUUUUUUUUUACUACGUAAUUUAUAUUCUACGAAAUAUAAUUCUCUAAUUCUCAAGUCGCGUCCGGAUUUAAAAAGACAAAAAAAAAACAUAAAAAAGAAAUAAUUAAAUGAAAGACCGAUUAGAAAAAGGAAAUAUAUAUAUAUAUAUAUAUAUACAUAUAUAUAUAUAACGUAGCGUUCAAUAAGGGAAAGUAUUAUAUUUUGUUAAAGUUAACGCAUGUUUAACAAUUUUACGUUCGUAGAUAAUGUAUAUUAUCGCAAGAUGAAAAAUUAGGAAAAGAAAAAAAAAAAAUAUUUAUUCGUACUAGAUAAAUACGCAUACACAUAUUAUAUGGAUAACAGAAGGUAUUGAGACUACGUUAAUUAAUAUAAUAUAGUCUCAUCAUUGCCUUUUUUUUUUUUUUUUAUUCCAUUAAUUAUAAAUAUUAGUUCCCUUUGCGAUCGAUGGCGUUAAGAUUGCGUAUGCGAUAUUCGUCGGUACAACAUUGAUAAAUAUGCCAAUCGUUAUACCUGCAUACAUUGUAGAAAAUAUGUUGGAAUUGUAAUUAAUAUGUAAAAAAAAGAAAAAGGAAAUGCGAGAGAGAAGAUAUGUAACGUUACGUUGGAAUAGACUGUAUAUUUUGUGAUACGAAAGAGUUAUUGUGUGAGAGAGAGAGAGAGAAAGAGAAGCAUAUAAUGUUGUUAUAUUAUAAUUUAUAAAAGAGUACAAGCGAUUAAUUUUUGUGCCAUUUUACGAGUAGAUGUUAACGGCAUUCAAUUCGACUCCCCAUUUUCUCAUAUCCCAUUCGGUUUGUCAUUAUUUUGCCUAGUAAAACGAAUACAUUCCAUAGAAUCAACUAAUUGGAAAGGUAAAUGCUUUUCCAAAGUGUUAUUAAGCGGCAAAUCAAUCUAUUUACGCGAUUAUUAUACAUUUACUCGAUGUGAAAAAUUUAUUUGUUCCUACGAUGAAAAUAAUAAAUGAAAUCGUUGAUCAUAA